GGAAGAUAGUGUGGGAAAAAAGGCAAGUGCACUUUUGACACACUAAAGCCAUCUGAAACUAUUUUCAUUUUGUGCCUAACAAGUAUAUAAGAGGGUAAAUAAAAUAAAAAUAAAAAGACAGCAGCUUCAGUGAAGACACUUCAGAUUGAGACAAACAGAGAAGGGCAGGACAGGUGUUAGAUUACAGAGAGAGAGAGAGUGAGAGAGAGAGAAAGAGAUCAAGUGGUGCAGCGAUGUUCAUGCUCAUUCGAGACGGACAGGGAGGGGGAGGCAGUGGUGGCGGGAUGAGCGCUGUACCGGAGAGAACGCCAAAACAGGUCCAAGCUGCCAUUAAGAAGACAGUGGAGAAACAGAAGAAGCAGCUUGAAAAUGGUGAGGCCAUUGACAACCCACCUAAAUCUAAUGGGGGACGGAGACAGAGUCUGUCUACACCACUUGAAAGAACAGGAGAUGGGGAUGAAGGCGAGGAUGUAGAGACGGUAGCUGAGACAAAGCAACAGCGAGGGAAAAAGAACGCUGACCUAAAGCCCAUUGUGGAUUCAGUGUUUGGUCAAGACAGGGAUCUCCGUCCAGAAGAGAUAGAAGAGCUGCGGAUGGCUUUUAAAGAAUUUGAUAAGAACAAAGGCUACAUCAGCUGUAAGGACCUGGGCGAGUGUAUGAGGACUAUGGGAUACAUGCCGACAGAGAUGGAGCUCAUUGAGUUGAGUCAGCAAAUUGGCGGUGGCAAAAUCGACUUUGAAGAGUUUGUGGAACUGAUGGGCCCCAAAAUGCUUGCAGAAACAGCAGACAUGAUUGGAAUCAAAGAAUUAAAAGAUGCCUUCAGAGAGUUUGACUCGAAUGGCGAUGGGCAGAUCAGCAUUAGUGAACUGAAGGAGGCCAUGAAGAAACUGAUGGGCGAGCAGCUGAACACGAGAGACAUUGAUGAGAUCAUCCAGGAUGUGGACCUCAAUGGAGACCGGCAAGUGGACUUUGAAGAGUUUGUGAGGAUGAUGUCACGUUGACGGUUCAUCACAGAGGAUCUACCAUAAAUAAUCUGUCAUAUAGCGCUGGAAUAAAAUAGCUAUGACUGUUUGUUUUUUAAAUGCAAUUAAGUAAUAAUCAGAUUUAUUUUUUCAGUUUAUCUGUAUGUUAAAGGAAAUAUUUAAUAAAGU